AUGGAUCUAGGCACCCUGGUCGACCGCCCGUCUGUCGUGGCGUCGGUGCCCGCGUUGGCGGCGCCGCUCCUGUUUCCCGUUCAGCAGACGCCUAUCCAGAAGGAGCUGACCGAACUGCUAAUCAAACUGCAUCGGCCGUACCUGCAGAAGCUCUUCGCGGGACAGGAGAAGGACGAGCCGGAUUCCGACGCUCUGAGCAGCUCGGCCAUGCUUGAGCUGUUCCUGGCAAACCUCAGACAGGUUGCCAACCACUCGAGUCUGCUUGUGGACCAUUUCAUGUCCAGAAACAUGGUGCUGAUGAACCCCAAACACAACCUCAAGCGGUCCUCUGCGAAAUACGUGUGUAUCGACGACUUUCUGAGCCGGCUUGCCGCGCAGAAACAGCCGCGCACGGUGAUUGUCACGGCCGCAAGCUCGCGCGAGCUGGACCUGAUCGAGGGAAUCCUAAUUGGCAAGCGGGACCUCCAGUACUACAGGUUCAGUGGCUCCUCGCUCUACUACGACAACCACGGCUCGUUCGACUUCAGCAAGCAGGAGCUGAGCAAUCCAGCCAUGCCUCCGCCGCAAGCAGCGGCCGCCAACGGCAGGAACAAAGGCACAGACGACUACACGCCGCGGAUCUCCAAGAACAGUCCGCUGCACCGUAAAAUCGAGCAGCAGAAAAACCGGGUCGUGAGCGUGUACCUGAUACUAUCGAACCAGUUGCAGAGCCUGGCACGGUUUGAGGAGCUGCGCAGUGACCUGGUGAUCUCGCUGGACGCGCAAUUGGACCAGAGCCUCGCAAUCCCGGUCAUCAAGCCGAUACAUCUGAACGGCAUCGAAUACUUCGAUCUGGUGCUUGACAGCGCGUUUUCCGGACACGAGCGAGAUAAACAGCUCGCCAAGCUGGUGCUGGUGAACAGGAACGCUGGCACGGAAAGUCCGCAGUUGCAAGACGUCGUCAGCUGGCUCGACGGCCAGGGCAGGUACCCGUACACGGAGAGCAGAGAAAUAGAGAUGGUGAGCGACAAGGACGCUUUGGAAGCGCUGACGAACCUGGACCUUCGGUCGCCGUACGUGCUGGACCGCUACGAGUUCUUCAACCCGUCGCUGGCUCCACCGGACGAUCUCAAGAAGAUCAGGCUCGAGGAUUUUCCGCUGGCAGGCCUGACAUACCACGAGUACCAGCUGAGACUUGGCCGAUUGAUCUACGACCGCUACCAGGAACUGCAUUACACGGUUGGCACGCAGCGCAGACAUCUCGCCAAUAUCCACGAGGACGACUCCCAGCGCCAGGCGCAGCUGGAGGCCGUUGUGGAGGCCACGGGAGACCGGUUCAGAAAACUGCAGACGGCCAAGACCGCGGCGGAAAGUCUGGCCAAGCAGGUUGAAAAAUGCGAAAAGGACCUGCGCACCGUUGAGGAGACGGACCGGGGGCUCAAGGAGCGCAUGGAAGAGUACGCCGUGCGCGUACGGGACGGAGCUACAGAACCGGUGCUGCUUGAGCAGCAGAAUACCAUCGCUGCCUUACAAGACGAGCUAAAGCGACUGGAAGAAGAGUACCAGAAAGAAGUGGCGGAAAACGAGGUUGUCCGUGCCGAGUACCAGCAGAAGUCGUCUGCUGCUGCGGAAAUGUCGUCGGUUCUGAUGGAGACGAAAAAGAGGCUCGAAGGGGCGCAGACAGAGAGCUCGGGCGACUUCCGCAAGCUGCAGCAGACCAAGCUGGACAGAGAAACAGAGAUAUACAAAAAAGGCACGCAGUCGCUGGCCAGUCAAAACAGGUUUCUGGAAAAUUAUAUCAAAAUUCUCGAUAACGUCGCCAAGGAAAAAGCAACCGUCGGCCGCAUCCGCGCAAGCCGCAGCACAACACCAUACCAAUAG